AUGAACGUCACGCGGCACAACUUUGCAUCGUGUUUACGUGAUCUCCAGCACGACUUGGCCUCACCGUCGUGUCGUUUUGUAGCCAUUGACACAGAGUUCACGGGUCUCUCGCCCAGUGAAGUCGAACGGGAGCAGUACCUCGACACGCUGGAAGAGCGCUAUCAGAAGGUCAAGCGGGCAGGGGAGAGCUUCCUCAUCACGCAAUUUGGACUCUCGACGGUUCAUGUGGACGACGAGCAGCUCGUGCAGGUCAAGACGUGGAACUUUUACGUGUUUCCACGUCCUUAUGGGGCUCUGGACGAGCGCUUUUUAUGCCAAGCCUCGAGUCUCCAGUUCCUAUCGGAGCACGGCUUUGACUUUAACAAGUUUAUCCACGACGGCAUUGCUUUUGUUAAACUGGCUAAGCUGCCACUGAUGCAGAAACAGCUCAAGGGUCGGAUUGACGGACUCACGAAAGUGAACAAGAACUUGCGUCUCUCGAGCGAUGGCCUAGCGUUCCAGAAACUUGUCGACAAGCAGCUGACGCAGUGGAUUGCGCAAGGAGCCAAGAAGGGCGAGAAGCUCCUGGUGCCGACGCGAAACUCGUUCUACUCGAUGAUUGUGCAUGAGACGGCACGGGCCAAAGCAAGCUAUUUGUACUCAGAGCGUGCCACGGGUGGCGUCGAAGUGUCGUAUCUGUCAAAGAAAGUCAAAGAAGAGCGCAUUGCUGCCAAGGUCAAGGAGAUGCAGCGUGAGAUGGACGAGGCGGUUGGUUUUUCAAAAGUCAUUGAAGCUCUGAGUGAGAGCAAAUUGCCUGUGAUCGGACACAAUGCACUGCUGGAUUUCGUCUACGUCUUUCACCAGUUUUACAAGCCGCUUCCUGAGACGCUGGCCGAGUUCAAGACGCAGUUGCUUGAGCUGUUUCCGACUGUUUACGAUACGAAGCAUGUCGCGCUGCGUUCUCCUCUUGGCGAGAAGCUGAAAUCAACCAGUCUCUCGUCGCUAUUUGAGUACAUACGCGAGAACGUCAAGCCAGAUCCCGCGAGCUUGAUUCCUUGUGGCAAGCGUUUCGACACGUACCGUGAAGCACUCAAGACGGAGACUGACGGCAGUGAAAGGGCGUUGUGUCAUGAGGCAGGAUUUGACGCGUUCAUGACAGCUGUCUGUUUCCUGGGCCUGCUGGCUCAUGAUGCCGAUGGUGAGCUGCUUGACCAGUCGGUGCCCGUAGCAGGUUGUUCUGCUCACCUUGAUGUGCGCCUCAAAGAACUGACGAGCUACAAGAACCAGCUGAACCUGAUGAUCUCGGACGGCAGCUACUUGGAUCUGGACAACGUUUUGCAGACAAUCGACCGCGCCCGUGUAUACCGUGUCACCAGCACCACGAAACGUCGGAUUCAGCACGUGCGCAUGGAAGACGUGUUCAAGAUGUCUAAAGUGCAGCGCAUCGUGCGGGAGAGCGACCAGGACGCGUUCGUGAUCCUGACAGAGCCGGUGGAAGAAAUGGACGACGAAGUCAAGGCUGAGUUUGGGGUGGCCGUCACCACGUACGAUGAGCACGUGGCUGCUGAAGCCGAGAAGGCAAAAGUGGAAAAAGCGGAGGCUGACCGCAAAUUUUUCGAGAAGAUUUCGGCUGCCUGCGCCUUGUCAUCAAAUCUGAAUGGUGCGGAUGUGAAAGCCGUUGUCGAGGAAGAAGAGGAGGCGUCAGCAUGGAGCCGCUGCACCAUUUCAUAG